AGCGUGUUGAACGUACAAGUUCGAAAGCAGCAGCGACCAAGCGGAAAUCAUAAGAGAAAAAAUAAAAUAAAUAAAUAAAAGAAAUAAAAACAAACGAGUAAAAGGCAAACAGUGAAAGUGUGUCUGGCUUAAGAAUUUAACGGAAAUUGUGUUCGCGAAAUUCGAAAAUAAAAAUUUACCGUUAACUUGUGUUUAGAGAAUUUCAAUUCAAGUUCGGCGGAGAUCAACGCCAAUAAUUGAGUGGAAAUCUAAAAACAACAACAAAUAUUAAUUGAAAAAAACGGUUGUUUACAAAUAUAACGGUAAACAGUGCAAAUGUAUGUGUGCGUUAGAUAAAAAUUUGAAUUAACGGUGUUUUUUUGUUUCAAAAAUUAAUUUCGAAAAUCCUCGAAAUUUCGUUGUGCUUAAGCGAAUUGCGAAUCUUCAAUGACAACAACGGUGUUUGUUGUUUACAACAACGACAACAACCAAGGUUUCGCAUAUCAGCCAAACAGGGUCGCCAUUGCGGAAGGAAGUGCUGCAACAUUUUUGCGCGCGGAAAUUGCCUAAAUACUUUUGCACCAAUUAGGGAGCCAGCAAAGCGCAUAAAACCAUUUGCAUAUUUGUGAUGCGGCAAAACCCUAACGUAGAUUAAAAAAUACAACAGCAACAACAACAGCUUAAACACAUUUGGCAACUGUAACUUUUGGCGGAGAAGACAACAUUUCGGCAGUAAAUAUUUGUGUGAACGUGAAGUGACAACCAGUCAACAGCAAGUGGCAAGUAGCAAGCAGCAAGCAGUCGUGCUUGGCAUUUUGUUGUCUAACUGUGGGCAGGCGGAUGAAGUAGAAGCGGAGUGAAGGUAUAAAGAAGGGGCGCAAACACCACAAAGUCAAGAUUUUGGAGGACAUAAAAAGUUAAAAAAAAGUUGAAGGAAACACAAAAAAGUCAGCGUGUAAAGCUUUAAACUCUGUCUUACACACACACACAUACCAGCGACGAAACAAAGUGCCGUUGAAUACAAAUAUUAGUAUUAUAAAACAUUGUGUGCACGCCUCACAGCUUUCGCUUCGCUGUCAAUAUAAACGAGUGAGUGCUGGUCCCCCGGCAGCAGAGCAACUCUUAAGGCGCAUAACCAGAACGUUUUGUCAUCGUUGUAAAUUAUCUAGCAGAUAUUUAAUACACAGACACACACACACACAAGAUGUUGCAAGAAGCGCCUUAAAGUGUGCUACGAAAAAACGAAACAACAUAAAAAAGAGACACACUGACAGCGUGACAAUUGGGCCAGAACUUGAGGCUUGUGUGCAAUAACAACAACUACUUGAUUUAUAGCAUCACGCCGCGAAAUACGAGUGCGCGACAACACAUUAACUACAUUUGUUGCAGUCACAAAUAACAACAACAACAAGACGAAGAAGCAGAAGAAACGCAUAAAUUAAAACAAAAACACACACACGCGAUCUGGAAAGCGCUAAAGCGCCAGAGCUCAACCGAAAAAUCACCCGAAGUCAUAAAGCACACACAAGCAACGCAACGCUGAGCUUAGCUCCACUGCGUUUUGAUCUACGAAAGUAGAGACGAAAAACAACAAAGUAACGCGGAUAAACAACGCAUGUAAAUAAUAGUUGCAGAGAGAGAUACGCGCAACAUUUUUGGCUGUUGCAAUUGUGGCACAAUUUGUGUUGUGUUGCAGCCGACGACACAACACUUGGUUUAGUAGUUGAGUUGGUACUCACCUGUAGUGCAACGAGAUACUUGGCAGCAGCGCACUGUAAAACCCCCCUUGGCUUUUGGAAUUUUCGCACGUCUUCACGCGCCCGUCUUCUUCUGCAGCACAGUUCUCCGUUUACAACGCCAAAAUGCGCGGCCGCCACCUACGCAGACGUUUCAGCUUGCAGCCGUCCUUUAUGAAGGAUGACAGCUCGGAGGAUAAACCGAAACGCGAGAAAGUUGGUCGCAACAAUGCCGUGGAUGACGCCAUUGGACCCGCUAACGCACGUCACAAAAUCGUUGUUAUGGGUGCGGCCAAAGUGGGCAAAACUUCCAUAAUCACACAAUUUCUAUACAACACAUUCACCACGAAAUACAAAAGGACCAUCGAGGAAAUGCAUCAAGGCAACUUUUCAAUUGCUGGCGUUAGCCUGACUCUGGACAUUUUAGAUACGGCCGGCUCCUAUGAGUUUCCUGCAAUGCGCGCACUCUCCAUCUCAUCGGCGGAUGCAUUCAUUCUGGUGUAUGAUGUCACCGAUGCGUCCACAUUCGAGGAGGUACGCAUGAUACGCGAUCAAAUACACGAGACCAAAGCGACCACAGCUGUGCCCAUUGUGGUGGUGGGCAAUAAGAUUGACCUAGUUGCCGAGAAGGAGGACGCCCAAAAGGUCGAGUACGCCACCACAGAAUCGGUGGUCACUUUAGACUGGGAGAAUGGUUUUGUCGAAGCAUCAGCGGCGAAGAAUGAGAACAUCACACAGGUCUUCAAAGAGCUGCUUUCACAGGCGAAAAUCACGUACAAUCUGAGUCCAGCACUGCGACGCCGACGACAAUCGUUGCCACAGCAAGUGGGCAAUAAUGGUGCGGGCACGCCCACCCAUCAUCAUCAUCCAUCGCAUGCGGCCAACACCUCGGCAGCGGGCAGUGCACACGGCUCGACGUUGCCAUCGCAUGCGCCAACAGCCGCGCAAAUCCAGCAUUUGCAGAGGAUACAGGAGCGGAGCUUGGGCAGCAAACGGAAUUCGUGCACAAUAUCCUAAAGUCAAUAUGCAGCGGCGGAAAGAGUGGCAGUGGUGAGCUGCACAAGAAGUGCAGAUUUAUUUGCAUAUGCUGGGGUACUUACAUACAUAUAUGCAUACAUUAGUAAAUGAAUAUGAAGGCUCGCCUAUACCCUGUGCGACAGAUGAAGGUUUACAAUCAUAGAUAAAUAUUAAAUAUUGAACACCACUUAGAAAUAUGGAAUUUAUCCAAAAUUUUUCUUUAACUCGCUUUAGAUACCGCCUUUUUUUACUAUAAAUGUUUGGCAUUCGAAUUUUGAUUGAAUUAUUCAUACCAUUGAGACGUCUUUAUAAUUUUCCAGAAACACGAAAUCGUAGGUUAAUACGCUUACCCUACCAAAUAGAUUUUAUACCAUGGUUUAUACACUUGACAUCGAUUUUACCGUCUUAUUUGGGACACUUUUAAAUGCUCUUAAAAAAUUUGUCCCCUAAUUUUCUUUCUCCUUUUUUGUAUUGUGUCAGGCUCCGACUUCAAAUCCAACUCGAUUAAGAUCAAAAGGACUAAAAUUGUUCGAUUUUUUCCGACUUUCAGCAAUAUAGAGAGUCCAAAAGUGAGGGGUGCAUAUUAUUCACAACUAUGAAUCACACAAAAUCUUUCUUCCUCGCUCCAAAAUAUAUUUUUAAGAUUUAUUGAAGAUUUUUUUAUAACAAUGUGUUCAAAAAAUAACGGGAAUUUUAAAAUUUCCGAUUCCAAUUUUUU